AUGAAUGAGCACAUUUCAUCAUUUCUGAGUGUUAGUGAUUCGAAUGAUACUAAAAUUGUUAAAAUUAUUGAUCAUUAUAGUGCUCUAAACCAGCCAGAAACAUAUCACUAUCUACAGAGAACUGGCUUAAGCGACCUAGUUGAAAUAAUGUUCUUUAAUAAGUUUAGUGUAUUAUCAAGUGCUAGAGAAAAUGAAGAGUAUGAAAGAUACUAUGGAUUUAAUAAUAGUAGUGUUAGAGAAAAUGAUGAAUAUGAAGAAAGCUAUGAAUUUAACAACAGGGGUAUUAGAGAAAAUGAUUAUGGAUUUACUAACAACAGUGAUAAAGAAAAUAAGGAGUAUGAGAAUAAUGAGAGUAGUAGUGAAAAUAAUAAGAACCAAGAAUUAAAAGACCCAGAACCCCUUUACCCAAUUGCAAAGAAUAUGGUUUUUGCAAGAUGGAAAGAACUAGAUGA